CGUCGAGCGCUUCGCCACCGCCCGCCGGACUACGAGGCGCCCCCUGAGGGGCGGAGGAAUCGGGCCUGGGGAGCGGGCGCUGAGGGAGGAGCCAGGUCGGAGCUGCUGAGGGCCCUGGCGAGGAGGUGGAGGGCUGAGGCCCGGAGGAGGCCCCGCCGCGAUGGGCAACCUGGAGAGCACCGACGGCGGCCCGGGCGAGCCGCCCUCAGUCCCGCUGCUGCUGCCGCCCGGCAAGACGCCGAUGCCCGAGCCGUGCGAGCUGGAAGAGAGAUUCGCCCUAGUGCUGAGCUCUAUGAACCUGCCUCCUGACAAGGCCCGGCUGCUGCGACAGUAUGACAACGAGAAGAAGUGGGAUCUGAUCUGUGACCAGGAAAGAUUUCAAGUGAAGAAUCCUCCCCACACCUAUAUCCAGAAACUCCAGAGCUUCUUGGACCCCAAUGUGACGCGGAAGAAGUUCAGGAGGAGAGUCCAGGAGUCAACCAAAGUCCUCAGGGAGCUGGAGAUCUCACUUCGCACCAAUCACAUUGGGUGGGUAAGGGAGUUUCUCAAUGAUGAGAACAAAGGCCUGGAUGUGCUGGUGGAUUACCUGUCGUUUGCCCAGUGUUCUGUCAUGUUUGACUUUGAGGGUCUGGAGAGUGGUGAUGAUGGUGCAUUUGACAAGCUCCGGUCCUGGAGCAGGUCAAUCGAGGACCUGCAACCGCCCAACGCCCUGUCGGCCCCCUUCACCAACAGCCUCGCUCGCUCUGCGCGCCAGUCCGUGCUCCGGUACAGUACUCUCCCUGGCCGCCGGGCCCUGAAGAACUCCCGGCUGGUGAGCCAGAAGGAUGAUGUGCAUGUCUGCAUCCUUUGUCUCAGAGCCAUCAUGAACUAUCAGUAUGGCUUCAACUUGGUCAUGUCCCACCCCCACGCUGUCAAUGAGAUUGCACUUAGCCUCAACAACAAGAAUCCAAGGACCAAAGCCCUGGUCUUGGAGCUGCUGGCAGCUGUGUGUUUGGUGCGGGGAGGUCAUGAAAUCAUCCUUGCUGCCUUUGACAAUUUCAAAGAGGUGUGCAAAGAACUGCAUCGCUUUGAGAAGCUAAUGGAGUAUUUCCGGAAUGAAGACAGCAACAUUGACUUCUUGGUGGCCUGCAUGCAGUUCAUCAACAUUGUGGUACACUCGGUAGAGGACAUGAACUUCCGGGUCCACCUGCAAUAUGAGUUUACCAAGUUGGGGCUGGAGGAAUUCCUACAGAAGUCAAGGCACACGGAGAGCGAGAAAUUACAGGUGCAGAUUCAGGCAUACCUGGACAAUGUGUUUGACGUGGGGGGCUUAUUGGAGGAUGCGGAAACCAAGAAUGUAGCCCUGGAAAAGGUGGAAGAACUGGAGGAGCAUGUGUCUCAUCUCACAGAGAAGCUUCUGGACCUGGAGAAUGAGAAUAUGAUGCGGGUGGCAGAACUGGAGAAGCAGCUGCUACAGCGGGAAAAGGAGCUGGAGAGCAUCAAGGAGACAUACGAGAACACAAGCAACCAGGUGCACACCCUUCGGAGGCUCAUUAAGGAGAAGGAGGAGGCCUUCCAGCGCCGAUGCCACCUGGAGCCAAGUGCCCGGAGCCUGGAAUCCAUGGGUGGGAGCGAGGCCCUAGCCAGGGUAGGCCCUACAGAGCUGACUGAAGGCUCGACACCCUCCGACCUGGACCUGCUGGCUCCAGCCCCACCUGCUGAGGAGACUCUUCCUCUGCCUCCUCCACCAGCCCCGCCUUUGCCCCCACCCCCUCCUCCACUACCAGACAAAUGUCCCCCUGCCCCACCUCUUCCUGGUGCUGCUCCUUCUGUGGUGUUGACAGUGGGCCUGUCUGCCAUUCGCAUCAAGAAACCUAUCAAGACCAAGUUCCGGCUGCCAGUCUUCAACUGGACAGCACUGAAACCCAAUCAGAUCAAUGGCACUGUCUUCAGUGAACUUGAUGAUGAGAAGAUCUUGGAGGACUUAGACCUGGACAAGUUUGAAGAAUUAUUUAAGACAAAAGCCCAGGGUCCUGCCCUUGACCUCAUCUGCUCCAAGAAUAAGACAGCACAAAAGGCUGCCAGCAAGGUGACCCUUUUGGAAGCCAAUCGUGCCAAGAACCUGGCUAUCACCCUUCGCAAGGCUGGGCGCACAGCUGAGGAGAUCUGCAGGGCCAUCCACACGUUUGACUUACAGACACUACCUGUAGACUUCGUGGAAUGCCUGAUGCGCUUCCUGCCUACAGAGGCUGAGGUGAAACUGUUGCGGCAGUAUGAGCGAGAACGACAGCCCCUAGAGGAGCUGGCAGCUGAGGACCGCUUCAUGUUGCUCUUCAGCAAGGUGGAACGGUUGACCCAGCGAAUGGCUGGCAUGGCCUUUCUGGGCAACUUCCAGGACAAUCUGCAGAUGCUCACACCGCAACUGAAUGCCAUCAUUGCAGCCUCUGCCUCCGUCAAGUCCUCACAGAAACUGAAGCAGAUGCUGGAGAUCAUUCUUGCAUUGGGGAACUACAUGAACAGCAGCAAGCGAGGUGCUGUAUAUGGCUUCAAGCUCCAGAGCCUGGACCUGCUGUUAGACACCAAGUCCACUGACCGGAAAAUGACACUGCUGCACUUCAUCGCCUUGACGGUGAAGGAGAAAUACCCAGAGUUGGCUAACUUCUGGCAGGAGCUGCACUUUGUGGAGAAGGCUGCAGCAGUGUCCCUGGAGAACGUGCUGCUAGACGUCAAAGAGCUGGGCCGGGGAAUGGAGCUGAUUCGGCGGGAAUGCAGCAUUCAUGACAACAGCGUUCUGCGAAACUUCCUUAGUACCAAUGAAGGCAAACUGGACAAGCUCCAGCGUGAUGCCAAAACUGCUGAGGAGGCCUACAAUGCAGUUGUGCGCUACUUUGGCGAGAGUCCCAAGACCACACCUCCCUCUGUAUUUUUCCCAGUAUUUGUCCGAUUCAUUCGUUCUUACAAGGAAGCAGAACAAGAGAAUGAAGCCCGUAAGAAACAAGAGGAGGUAAUGCGGGAGAAGCAGCUGGCUCAGGAAGCCAAGAAGCUGGAUGCCAAGACUCCAUCCCAGCGGAACAAAUGGCAGCAGCAGGAGCUGAUUGCAGAGCUGAGGCGGCGCCAAGCUAAGGAACACCGGCCUGUUUACGAGGGGAAGGAUGGUGCCAUUGAGGACAUCAUUACAGUGUUGAAGAGUGUCCCUUUCACGGCCCGUACUGCCAAGCGGGGCUCACGCUUCUUCUGUGAUGCAGCUCACCAUGAUGAGUCAAACUGUUAGCCCUCACAGGGCCCUGACAGGUACUGGGCACUACAGCUGCCCUCUCAUGCCUUGGAAUCACUGGUAGCGUCUCCCAGUGAUGGAGACACACUUUGCAUGCUGCAUGAUCUGAGAAACACAGCGUAUCCCUGCAUGUGUCCCCCCCCACUAAUUUGUCCUAGCUACUAAGAUCCAAGGGCUAAGGUGUCUCUGGGCCAGGGUUGGGAGCUAUGCCAGAGCAGGCAAGACCUAAUGAUUUGUAUUACUGAGGCUCCAUUCACAGACCCAAGAUAUCUUGGGUCCUGGGCUCCCUUAGGGCCCUCCUAAGAGCUCUGGCAGUAGCUCCUAUUCAAGGAUAGAUGUCCUUUGACCUCUGCUACUUGACAUCUAGUUGACUUACAGUCUUUUCCUGGGUGGUCUUUAGUUUCCUAUGCUAUCCUCUGAAAAGAGCUCCAGCAGUUUUUCUAGCUGGUCCUUAAGCCUCCCUCCAAGAUCCUCCCUUACCUUCUUCAUGGAUGACUACUUCCUCAGGUGCUGUCCUGCUCAGUCUCCCUGCCUGUUCACUGUUCAUGCGCUUGUUUUCCCCACAGGCUUCAACCAUCAUCAACCCAUGGUCACUCACAGCCAAGCCAGGAGUGAGUGCUGUACCACCCAGUGGCCCUCCUCGGGCUCCAGGUCCCCAUUGAGAUCCUCUUGGAGGCAGGAGUACUAUAAUUCUCAGAGUCCUGCAGACGUGGACAGUGAACCCAAAGCCCAGGGCCCGGCAGAAGGCUAUGUUGUCCCAGCUGCAGCUGCUCCAGCUCUAAGGCUGACUCGUCCCUGUGCCACUGUGGGCACUAGGUCUGUAGGGGCCUAGCAUUCUCCUAGUGCCCCACCCGCAAAGUGCACUUUGCCCCCAGUCUUCAACUUCAGUUCCUGAAGGGGUCAGUUCAGGGCUGGGAAAAACCACUUCCAACUUCAGCUCAUUGAGGGUACACAGUCUCUCCCCUAGAGUCUCAUGGGAUAAGAGGAGGAGGAUGUACAUCCCAUGAGAAAUACUGAUCGCCCCGCCCCCAGCACACACACACAGCACUAGUCUAGAGAGUGUUCAGAUUGAUGGACCCUUGGACUCUGCCAAUAUUGUACUGCAGGAGCUUCUUGCUCCACUUCCUUAAAACCAAAGUGUUGUGGGAGAAGAUUUGAGGCUUUCAAAAGUGGAAAGGGAAGGGCUAACGUUUAACAUGGAGAGUGGGUGGCAGUGGGACCAGCUGACCCCUGGUGGCCACCCUCUGGAUGGGCACUUCCUGCUCCAAACAAUGACAGGAAGGGCCUGGACCCCACCCUGCCCACUGUCUUCCCACUGACUGAAGAGCAGAAGCACUGUCUGUACCAGCUCCAAGAUUGCUAGAGGAAGGAUGUGCCAGCAGGCUCACCUUCCUCAGCCUGUGGAUUCUGGCCCAGGAACGGGCAACAGAGGAGCCUCACAGACUGACUGCUCAAUUCCCUGCUGGGCUUCCUGACCCUGGAAGGGAAUGCAGGGCACUUUGUCUUGUACAUGUACCAUUUCCUUCCUUGUACAUAAACCCCAGACCUCUCAACAAA